AUGGAGGAAGAAAAGGAAGGAGAUAUUAGGGUUCCUCUUGUCUCUUCCCUAUUCUGCCUCUGCCUAACAACCGGUGGAAUCUUUCUUGUUCUCUAUACUUACUUUCCUAAUAUAUCCAAGCCUUGGUAUCCCAUUGCUGCAUUAACCUUGAUAGGCUCCCCAUGGCUCUUCUGGUUCCUAGUCUACAUAUAUUCCUGCAUCAAGUGUUGCUGCUACGCCAACCGUGUCGACAACGCCCAGAUUUCACGGCGUUACCAUGGAUCCAGCCAGCCCAGAAACGAUUCCAGAGCCAAUUCUUCUCGGAAUGGCGACUACGGUAAUGGCGAUAAAAGCCAGCAAGGCGGCAGAGAAUCAUCGGUGACCUCCUCCAAGGAAUGCGAGACGCCAUUGACGUAUUCAGUCUAG